UUCAAAUGUUCCGACUGUGAAUUGCAAUUCGAACAGAAAUUUCAUCUGAGGCGACAUUACCUUUACAAGCACACGAACCAAUAUCCAUUCGCUUGCCAAUCCUGCGACAGACAAUUCAAAGACAUCCUCUCCUUCGAAUCCCAUAAACUUUUUCAUACAUCCGGAAGCGGAUACCUCUGUAA